UUCAAUCGCUUUUUUUCAGAAAACUCUUGACAUUGUUUCUGAGAAAAAUUAAGCUACCACUUAUGUGGGAUACUGUCAUUUACUAUAAAUUCAGUUGCAGACCCAAAUUUGGUAUCAGAAACCUGACAAAUCAUUAAGAGUAUUGCUAAUAAAAGAUUGCACAGAUCGUAACAAUGUUAAGACUACAGAUAUGUGUGAUUUUAGUGUCAUUUGUUACAGCAUUCGAUUUGAAAUUUGAUUACCAGAUUAGGGAAGGGAAGGCUAGAUUUGUUGAAAAUAUAGAAACCAAUCUAGGAAAGAAUAUAGUUAAAAUCCAUACUCCAGCACACAACGAUGUUCUUGAAUCAUACCUUAUGCAAGAUUUUCAAAAGGGAAAGCAAAUCAGAUGUCUUCCAUCUUUACGUCAAUGUAGACUGCGGGAUAUUGAUAGAAAGACUUCAUCUGAUGCUGGUAAAGUUACAGAGUCAUAUGUACACAGCUGGAACAAAGGCACGAACAGCAUAUCAAGCACCAAUGCAACAGUGAUAAAGGAGAUGUAUUAUGUUGAUGGCGAAGAAGUAGUUAACACUGUUGAACUGGGAGAGGACUUGAGGACAUUUUAUGAAAGCUUUGAAUAUCCUCUUUACAUUGAAAAGAAAAUACCCAGUGACGCUGAAGUACUCAACAUAGCUAGUUCUUCUGGAAGACGGUUCAAAAGGACAUUGCAACCACUGAACAAUGAUUGCAACGGACAAGAUCCAAAAAGAGUUUACGGUGUUGAUUCCGGAAGAUCAUGUAACUAUCUUAAGAUAUGUCAAGAGGUCGCAGUGGUAAACGGAAACAGGGUAUUCACAGAUUGUGGCAAUGUACACAUUACAUCGCCGCUUGCAUAUAUAUGUGUAUGCUGUCCAUGGGUUACUGUCAUCAAUCCAAAAGGAAGCGAGUGUACAUGUACAAAGAUGGGUUGAUCAACUGUUAAUGACUUACCGAAGGCGAUUUGUAUUAAGUUGAAGAUGACUUAGAAAAUAAAGCAUUUGAUGUUUUCAGAAA